AUGAACUUAAAAUUUUAUGACAGCCAGAUUACUUCAUUUUUUAAGUUAAACGAACAAUAUUUUUUUUUACAGUGCAUUGCACAGACAUUGUUCGGAUUGAUAUGGAAGUUUAAUUAAGUAGAAAUUUUGCAUUGCUGUUCAGAGUAGACUCGACAUAUUAGCAUUAAUAUGAGAGUUUCACAUUCAUAAAUUGAAAUGGUCUGACUCCAAACCAAGUUUUUUUACUUUUAAAAUGAUUUCAAGCUUUGUUGUAUUGAUUACACAAUCGUAAAGGUCAAAAGAAAGACAAUUAGAGCCUAUAACAUGAUAAGCAGUAUGAUAAAAAAUUGCAUAAAGCGGCACUCUUUUGUUUAUUAUUUAUAGAUUGUGUUAUUGUAUUGUUUGUUCUCUGGCAUUGUUUUAGUAUUUUAUUUAUUUAUUUAACUUUUGGAUUAAUAUUUCUCAUUGUAUUGUUUGUGUUCUGCAGCAUGAAUAAAAAAAAUAGUUAAAUAUUUAGUUUAUUAUAUAAUAAACAAAUACAAACAUUUAGUAUAUUGAUAUGUUAUUUUUAAUUGUCUUCAUUUUGUUAUGGUUCUUAUUGUUGUUAGCAAUUUAAAAGAAAGUUCCAAAAAAUAAGAAUUUUUUUUUUAUUUGUAUUUAUUUAUUUUCCUUCAUUUAUAUUUCUGUUAGGCUACGUGUUCAGCAUUUGAUCUGUCUAUAUCUAAUUGCAUUCAAGUUAAUAUUUAAGUAGGCUAUACACAAGUGUUCUUUUUCUACAUUUCCAAACCUUGCCAUCAGUUAAUAAAAGUCCAAGUAUGAAUUAUUUGUUUGGCUUCAUAAACCGACAGGCUGUCUGUCAUGAAGACAAGAAGUGAAGGAUGCAGAGGGAGUUUAAAAUUAAUCUCUCUCCUCAUUGGCCAGUUGUCUUCAAAGCCUUUUUAGGGUUUGAGCGUGUCGACGGGAUCUCCCUGCACACAGUGUCCAGCACAAGUGUGAGAGAGAGACACACACCAAGGGACCAGCCAGUAUCAUGUCAGUAUCGCAGAUAACGCCGACCCUCUUCCUGAGUGGGGCUGAUGCUCCUAUGAAUCAGGAACUAAUGACCCGCAAAGGCAUUACACUCAUUGUGAACGUGACCCUGUCCCACACCUGCCCCAUCUACCCCGGUGUGGAGUGCAUACGUGUUGCAGUGUCCGACCUCCCAAAUGCCCGUCUGGGGGAUCAUUUUGAGCACGUUUCAGCUCGCAUCCACAACAACAGAGCUGGAGGAACGCUAGUGCACUGCGCCGCGGGCAUGAGUCGCUCGCCGGCUCUAAUAAUGGCCUACCUCAUGAAGUACAGAGGAGUGACUCUGAGACAGGCACACAACUGGGUUAAAGACAGCAGACCCUACAUCCGCCUUAACACGGGAUUCUGGACCCAACUUCUGAACUAUGAGAAGAAACUCUACGGGAAGAAUACUGUGAAAUUAGCAGAACCACUGGACCCAGUGCCAAUGUCAAAAACACCAAAACUACCUUCCAGGAACAACCCGAGACAGUGUCCUCCAUCACCGAGGCUGAGACGGCUUAGAACAUUCACCUCUUUGGCACUUUAAACAACAAUAGCAAACUGAUCUUUUUGCCAAAUGUGGACAUUAAAUGUCACUUUUCAUAUUGUAAGGGCAGUAAAUAUCACUUUGGAUGGACAGGACCUAAUGCAGUGAAUCAGACCAUCAGCACUUCAGCUUGACUUUGAUUUUUCUGCCAGCAUUUGAUUUGUUCGGUUUUGAUGUGGCCUGGUUGGAAUUCCAUGAAUAAAUGUUGAAAUAUUGUA